AUGGCUCCGUUUGCUAAGCCAGAGAACGUGUUGAGAAGAGCCGAGGAGCUUAUUGCCGUUGGGCAGAACAAUGCUGCCCUCCAGGCCCUUCAUGAGAUCAUCACCUCCAAGCGUUCGCGUACGACCGCUUUGGGAUCCCUCGAGCCUGUCAUGCUCAAGUUCAUCGAGCUUUGCGUUGACCUCCGCAAGGGAAAGAUCGCCAAGGAGGGAAUGUACCAAUACAAGAACAUCGCCCAGAACCUCUCCGUCCAGACCAUCGAAUUGGUCGUCAAGAAGUUCAUCGACCUCGCUGAAGCCAAGGUGCAGGCCGCCCAGGCUCAGGCUGAGAAGAUCACUCUUGACGCCAUUGAUGAUCUUGAGGCCACCGAAACUCCCGAGUCCAUCCUCAUGUCCACCGUUUCCGGUGAGCAGUCCAAGGACCGCACUGACCGUGCCGUCGUCACCCCCUGGUUGAAGUUCCUCUGGGAGGCGUACCGUACCGUCCUCGACAUCCUCCGCAACAACGCCCGCUUGGAAGUCAUGUACCAGACCACUGCCAACCAGGCUUUCGCUUUCUGCUUGAAGUACACUCGUAAGACCGAGUUCAAGCGUCUCUGCGACUUGUUGCGCAACCACUUGCAGAACAUUGCCAAGUACUCCAACCAGAUGCACUCCAUCAACCUUAACGACCCUGACUCAUUGCAGCGUCACCUAGACAUGCGUUUCGCUCAGUUGAACGCUGCCGUCGAGCUCGAGUUAUGGCAGGAGGCUUUCCGUUCCGUUGAGGACAUUCACAACCUGUUGACCAUGUCCAAGCGUCCACCAAAGACCAUCAUGAUGGCUAACUACUACGAGAAGCUCUCCAAGAUCUUCUUGGUUUCCGAGAACUACCUCUUCCACGCCGCUGCCUGGAACAGGUACUUCGGUCUCACCCGUGCCCAGAUCAAGGCUCAGAACACCGAGGUCGAUGUCUCCAAGUUGGCUUCUUUGGUUGUCUUGUCUGCUUUGUCUAUCCCUGUCAUCUCUACCUCCCGCUCCAAGGCUGACUUGGUCGAGAUUGACGAGUCCAAGCAGAAGAACAACAGGCUCGCUGUCCUUCUUUCCAUGGGCAAGGCCCCUACCCGUGCUACCCUCCUCAAGGAGGCUUUGUCCAAGGGUUUGUUGAAGACUGUCAAGCCCGAGAUCAAGGACCUCUACAACAUCCUCGAGGUCGAGUUCCACCCUCUUUCCAUCUCCAAGCGCAUUGAGCCCAUCCUCGCCCAGCUCGCCGAGGACGCCGACAUGAAGCAGUACAUCAAGCCUUUGCAGCAGGUCAUCUUGACCCGUCUUUUCCAGCAGCUUUCUCAGGUUUACGACUCUGUCAAGCUCGACUUCGUCUUGAACUUGGCCAAGUUCCCUGCUCCUUUCGAAAUGUCUACUGCUGAGAUCGAGAAGUUUAUCAUGAACGGUAACAAGAAGGGAGAGUUGUCUAUCCGUAUCGACCACGCUGGCAAGGCCCUUACUUUCGAGUCUGAUGUCUUCGCUGCUCCUCGCGUUGCUGCUGAGUCCGGAGUCCGUCUUCAGGCUACUCCCGCCGAGUUGGUCCGCACCCAGCUUUCUCGUUUGGGCAAGUGCUUGUUCGCUACUAUCAACGUUGUCGACAAGGCUUACCUCGAGGAGCGUCUCGCUGCCAAGCAGGCCGCUUUGGAGCGUGCCGCCGCUGGCGCUGACAAGGAGCACCAGGACACUCUCGCCCGCCGUGCCAUCAUCGAGCGCCGCAAGGAGCUCGUCGAGACUUUGCAGAUGCGCAAGGAGAAAGAGGAGGCUAGCAAGCGUGCCCUCAAGGCCCAGCAGGAAGCCGAGGCCGAGCAGAAGCGUCUUGCCGAGGAGGCCAAGAAGCGCGAGCUCGACCGUAUCCGUCGCGAGCAGGACAAGAUCCGCGAGGAUGAGGCAAGGAAGUUGGCCGAGGACCUCAAGGCUAAGGGUGCGCUUAAGGUCGAUGUCGACAACCUUGAGGGUAUGGACACUACCAAGUUGAGGCAAUUGCAGAUUCAGCAGAUGGAGAAGGAGACUAAGGACAUGUCCGAGCGUCUCAGGAUUACUAGCAAGAGGAUCGACCACAUCGAGCGUGCUUACCGCCGUGAGGAGAUUCCCUUGUUGGACGAGGACUACGCCAAGCAGAAGGAGGCCGAUAAGACCGCUCACGCCGAGGCCCGCCGUAUUCAGCUCCAGACCUCCAAGCAGAAGCACGCCGACGAUCUUGCCCUCAAGAAGCGUCUCGCCCGUAUCUUGCCCGACUACUCUUCCUUCCGCGCAACUAUCGAAGAGAAGCGUCACGAAGAAUUCGAGGCUCGCCGAGCGGAAGCCCAGGCCGCUCUCGAGGCAGCAAAGGAGGACCGUCGUCGCCAGGUCCGCGAGCGCCGCGAACACGAGGAAGCCGAGCGUGUCGAGCGUGAGGCCCGUGAAGCCGAACUCGCCGCUGAGCGUGAGCGUGAGGAGGCCGAGCGUGCUGAACGCGAGGCGGAGGACCGUGCACGCCGUGAGGAGGAAGCUGCUAAGCGCGCUGAGGAGCGUGCCAAGUUGGAUGAGGUCGCCGAGCGCCAGAGACAGCGUGAUGCGGAGAUCGAAGCUAAGCUCGCUGCUAAGAGGAACCAGUCUCGUGACGAGGCAUUGCGUGCACAGGGUAUCAGGGAUACCAGACCUGAUGGCGCUGCGCCCCAGUCUGCUGCUCCUGCUCCUGCUGCUGGUGGUGGUGGAUGGAGGGAGCGUCUUGCUGCCAGGAAGGCUGCUGAGGCCGCUGUUGGUGCUGCUCCUGCUGCUCCUGAGCCUACUAGGAGUUCCGCUCCCGCUGUUGCGGAGGAGGCGCCGGCGCCUAGGAAGUAUGCCCCUCCCUCUCAGAGGCAGGGUGCCCCCCAGGGCGGUGCUCAGGAAGGUGCUCAGGGUGGAAGUGGUGGCAAGUACGUGCCUCCUUCCCAGAGGCGUCAGGAGGGCGGUUCCAGGUGGUAA